CACUCAGUUUCGGGAUGGACAGGCUUCAUCACCCCCACACACCCAACAAUAAAGAAUAAAUGGUCUGUCCCCAUCUAUGGUGACACAUUGCCUCAGGGUUCGGUCAGACAACUGUUGCACCUUGGCUUGUGUGCGUUCUCAACAUCUUACUGCCUACUUUCUUAAAUGGUGGCGACGAGAGGACUUUAUGCUAGCUUCUUAUGGUUCGAAACAGACAGCAACAUAUAAACACGCGAUGCGCUUGGAUCGCGGCUGGUUCCAAUACGCUAUCGGCGCCGCUCUGCUCCUGUCCGUGAUCACAGCUUGGUUCAGCCUCUCUCAGCACAUCGAACAUCCCAAGCACAAGGACCUACAACGCGGGUUAGCGUUGCACGGUCCUAAAGAACAGGCCGACAGGGAUAGAGAGAGACUCCUCAGUACUUCCUUAGGGACUAAUCUCAUCAAUCCGCACCCAUACACGUUGCUUCUCAACAAUCUGGACAAGUGCAAGAGCGGUGAAGACGUUUUUCUUCUCAUCAUCGUCUCCACGAAACAUCUUCACCACAGGCAGAGGUACGAAAUCCGGAACACAUGGGGACAGGAUACGAACGUCACAGGUGUCGUCAUCAAGGUAGUGUUCGCUGUAGGCCUGUCGGAUGAUGUAGCGUUACGGAGAGCGUUGGAACACGAGAACAAAAUACACAAAGACUUCAUCCAGGAAAAUUUCAUCGACUCCGAUAGGAACAGAACUCUGAAAACUAUCAUGGGACUAAAGUGGGCAGCACAAUUCUGUCCACAGGCCCAAUACGUUAUGAAAGCGAAUGACGAUGCCUUCGUGAACGUCUUUAGCCUGGUGAAGUAUUUGAAAGACCAAGCCCGCGUCACAAAGUUCGUCGCUGGACGAGUUUUCAACAAAACCAGACCAGUCCGAGACCUAAGAUUCGUCGACAGGUGGUAUGUGAGCAAAGGAGAAUAUUCAAGAGAGGUAUACCCUAAAUACCCAGGGGGGUUUGCAUACGUGAUGUCCAAUGAUACAGCAAAACUUUUGUACAGAACGUCGCUGAGUACGAAAUACCUGUUCCUAGAAGACGUGUACGUAGGCAUCUGUCUGGAGAAGCUAGGAAUUGUUCCCGUACACCAUGACGGGUUUCACCAUUGGUACGUAGACGUGGACUCCUGUAACUCUGAGUGGCUACUGGCCUCACAGUGGGUGAGGGAACCUGGAGCUAUGACUGACUUGUGGGGCUCUUUAUUGUCCGACUGUGACAGCCAAACCUAUGAUCAUGAAUAGAUAGAUAACUGUUAAGGAUAUAUGUCAACAAUAUGGUUGAAAUGGACAGUGUUCGUUAUAGUAAAUAAACAAUCACAUAUUUUUUGUA